CAAGCAAACAAUCACAUAUAAAUACAGAAAAGCACUCCCUCUCCCACUCCCAGCCCAAAGCAAAGCAAGGAACCCAAUUAAUUGUCUUCUUCUUCUCAAGCUCAGAACUCUCUCUCUCAAUCUCCAUCAAGCAAUCGAUCAAGAAGAUGAUGAUUCGAAUCCGCAGCAGAGACGGGCUGGAACGCGUCUCUAUCGACAACCCAAACAUCACAAUUUCCCAAUUCAAAACUCUAAUCCAAAACCAACUCCAAAUCCCUAUCCACAACCAAACCCUCUCCACUAACCAAAACCUCCUCCUAGCCAAAUCCCCUCCCGAUCUCCUCCAAUUUACCGACAUGUCAAACCCUAGCACCCUUCUCUCUUCCCUCAACAUCUCUCACGGCUCCAUUAUUUUCUUAGCCUACGAAGGCCACAGAACUAUUGCGGGCCCCGCUGUUCACCCUGCUGGUUCUUUCGGCCGUAAGAUGACAAUGGACGAUCUCAUUGCCAAACAGAUGAGAGUCGGCCGGCAAGAAAAUCCGCACUGCGAUUCGGUGUCGUUUGAUCGCGAUUGCGCUAAUGCGUUCCAGCAUUAUGUUAAUGAAACGCUCGCGUUUGCUGUUAAAAGAGGUGGGUUUAUGUAUGGGACGGUGUCGGAGGAGGGGAAGGUUGAAGUCAAUUUCAUAUACGAGCUGCCGCAGCAGGGGACUGAAGAGAUUUUGAUGCUUUUGAGGGAUUCUGAAGAAGAAAAAUUAGUGGACGCGAUUGCGGCGGGCUUGGGGAUGAGGAGAGUGGGGUUUAUAUUCAAUCAGACUAUAAUGCAUGACAAAAAGGAUUAUACUUUGUCAAAUAGGGAGGUUCUUCAGGCGGCGGAGCUGCACGCUGAGAGUGAGUUGAAGGAGUGGGUUACUGCGGUGGUGAAGUUGGAGGUGAAUGAGGACGGGGGAGCUGAUGUGCACUUCGAGGCGUUUCAGAUGAGUGAUAUGUGUAUUAGGUUGUUUAAAGAAGGAUGGUUCGAGACGGAGAUUGGGGAAGAUGUGGAUCCUAAGUUGUCUAUAAUGAAGAAAGAUGUGGUUGUUGGUAGCAAGGAUGUUAAGGAGGUUGAUAAUGAUUUCUUCUUGGUCGUCAUUAAGAUUCUCGAUCAUCUGCAUGAUUCUUUUAGGGUGGUCCGAGCAUGAUUCUUGCUUCAAAACAAAGAGAAGCAUUUGAAGGGAUGGUUUAGAGACAUAAGUGGUGCCAGAUGAGGGAUUCUGUUUAGAUGUGCAGUCACGCAAGCCUUGGAGAGAGAUUGGGUUAGAGUAUGAAGCAGUCUCCUUUGGUUCUUCAAAAAAGUAGUUUUCAAACAUGCUUUUCAGUCCUUGCAAAUAUUUAUCGGAUUCAAAGUCAUCUAGCAGUUGUAUAAAACAAGUGAUAGACUUUCCAUGGUAUAUUGUUGAUUGUCUUGAAGAAUAUGUGCAGAGAUGGUGUUUCUACGUUACAGUAAUGAGGGAAAAAGAAGCACUUAUCCUGCAGCAUGAAUUACUGUGGGACCAAGCCUCCUAGCAAUACAGCAUUCAUAGGAUGAGAGGGCUAUAUACUACAAGUUGUUUAGUCCCUGUGUGUGAUAUAAAUAUUGAUGUCUCAUGCCUGAAAUUUAUUUGAUGCCAUUUAUUCAA